AUGAAUUGCAGAGUGGUCCCUGUAGGGGUUAGGGCGAAAAAAAGCCUUUUAGGAGCUGAAAAAGUGGUCCCUAUAGGAAUAUAAUCAAGGUGGUCCCUAUAGGGGUUUAGAGUCCGUUCAAUUUUAUUCAAAAAAGGCUAUUUUUCUUAUGUUGUUUCGCAUCGUGAUGCUCCUUCGCAUAGAGUCCGUCAAAAUUUUCGGGAUUCCAGGUUCCGAUCAGCAAUCAGAUCGGCCCCGACGGCCAGGGCUUCAACAUCGCGAUGGCCGGACUGAACGGCGGUCGAGUCAACAUCGCCAGCUGCUCAUUGGGAGCGGCUCAGCGGAGCAUCGAUCUCGCCAUUGAGCAUCAGAAGGUCUAUAUUCUGAUCAUGACUGGCUUGCGGGAAAAAUAAUUUUUGAAGAUCGUCUUCUGAGGCCACCUGACUAGGAAGGCCAUUUUUUUUGGUUUCGACUUUUUUACUGAACGACAUUCCGCUAUUCCGCUGCGUGCGGUCGCAAAGCGGUUUUGCCUUUGCGAACCUUGGUCUCCAGAAUGGAAUAGUCUAUCCACCAGCAAUGAUAACCAAUUGAAGGCGGGACCGAGAUUUGCAAAGGCAAAGACGCUUCGCAACCGCACGCAGCGCAACAGCGGAAUGUCGUUGAAUAAUAAUAGUUUGAAAACGCGAUCGAGAUUCGCAAACCGCUUCGCUACCGCACGCAACGCAACAGCGGAAUGUCGUUCAUUAAAAUUUCAAGUUGAGACAAACUGACUAUACUCAUGGUAUAAUAUGAAAAACAUGCAAAACUUAACGAUUUGCUUUGACUUUGAGGUUGUUUUUUUCAAAAACGGUCAAGAGUUUCAAGAAGUUUAUUUGGGACCUGAGAAUGUAACCUGAUCUGAUCCCUGGAGGAGAACCAAGUAAAUGACCUUGAGAGACUAAAGUUCAAAUUCCAAUCACUAAUCGUUUUGCGGUAACUUCUUCAGGUCCGCAAGCAGUUCGGCAAGACGCUCUCGGAGUUCCAGUACAACCAGUUCAAACUCGCCGAGAUGGCGACGAAACUUCAGACCAGCAGGUCAUACUCCUCUUUCACCGAGAGUGAAGCUGGGAGUUCAGGUUGAUCGUCAGACAGGCGGCUCGUCAUCUCGACGCCGACUCGCCGGACAAGGUCGCCCUCUGCGCCAUGGCCAAGCUCCAUGCCACGGAUUACUGCUUCGAGGUUGGUCUUUACGUGCGAACAAUUGAAAAAAAAAACCGAUGCUCUGUCUUCCUCAUGAGCAAAUUUUACGAACGAAGCAGUCGGAUCUCUCUUUAAAUGAUCUUAAUGGAGAAAGAGCUGAAAAAAUAUGCAAUUUCAAAAAGGGGUUUCUGCACUUCUGGACUGGACGUCUUGCAAAUGCGACAUUGGAAUUCCAGAGUGGUCCCUAUAGGGGCCGAAAAAGUGGACCUAUAGGGGUUUAAGGUUUGGCCCCUCAGCCCCUACAGCUCAAGUGAACCCUAAAAAAACUUUCAACUUUAUUUAAAAAAACUCUUAUUUAUUUAUUUUUUUCGCAUGGAAAAAGCUUCUUCGCUUGGAGUUCAUUACAAUUAUCGACUAGCAUUUCCCCUAUAGGGACCACUUUUUGCAAGCUUUAGGGGUUGGCCCCGUAGGUUGCCCCUAUAACCACUCUGGAGUUCCCAAGAAUAUCUUGAAUUUUUCAAUUCUCGGCACUUUGAACAGAAGCCAGAUUCUGUCAUUUAAUUUCAUAUUUUCAAAAAAAUCUCCGCGGGACAAAUCGAGUAGUUAAUCGCCCCCCUCCCUUAAAAAUAAAAAAAUAAAAAUAAAAAUAAGUGUUCACUCAUAGUCAAACGAAACCGAGGUAACGAGAAUUUGAAAAAUUUCCAUUUUUACAGAAUCUCUGAAACAUCAAAGUUCGAAAUAAAAAGAUUAAAAAGAAGUGAGAGAAAGUCUCGUUGUCUGGCGUCUUUUCUCUUCAACUUUAAAAGCUGAAAUUAAUCUUUUUUCCCCAGGUUGUCAAUCAGUCCCUCCAAAUGUUGGGCGGCUACGGAUUCUUGAAAGACUACCCCAUUCAACAGUACUUCCGCGACAUUCGCGUCCACCAGAUCCUCGAAGGGACCAACGAGAUGAUGCGGAUGAUCAUCAGCCGCGACGUCCUCAACAAGGACAUCUUCUGGAACUCUUAA